UGCAGUGGUGGAGAAGAACGUGAACGUCAUUUUCACAAUGGCGGAGGCUGGGUGAGGAGGACAGUGUGUGAAGCGGCGUCGUAAUCGUCAGAGCUACAGUUCCCUCGCUAUCUGCGCGGAGCCCAAAAAAUGGCCCUCAACCCCGGCGCGGUUGGAAAAACGGACUCAGAACGCAGCGAGAGGGCCGCUUUGCACCCCGAGGGAGGCGAACCCCAGAAGAAUUCAGCCACCACCUCGGCCACAGCCAACCAAAAUGGCGAUCAACCUGGAUGUAGAGACGGUGUAAUGCCCGAACGAGAAGCUCCUGAGCGGCGGAGGAGCGUGCAGGGAGACGUCCGGAGCUGUAACAGUUCUCCUUCGCCAGCCCACAGAUCGAGUGAAGAGCUGCCACGGAGAAAUUUCCAAAUCCCUCGGAAGACGAGAGAGCGGAAAGGCUUGUACCAGUUUCUACCCCCUGACAGUCGGGAGUUUGAGGACCUCAUCAAACUCAUCUCGUCGUUUAACCUGGACCCAUCAUCACGGACGGCGUUCUCCUACAGCAAAGCCAGGCUCAUUCACAAUGAACUGCUGGAGAAGGAGUUCAUUGAAAAACGGAGAGAGAUGAAGCAGGAGGGGCGGACCGAACAGGACCUGGCAGAGUCGUACUGCUUCCUUUUUCCAGACAAAUCAAAGCUCCAGUGGGUCUGUGAGAAGGGUCUGUCAGUUGGACACUGUAGGAUUACCACACUAGGAAAUCCAUCUAUGGGUGUUUAUCUGUCCAAAUACUCAGACUUGUUACAAAUCAAUCCAUUUGAAGUGGGCUCUUUUGGAGAUAUGAUUAUUUUUAAAAUAAUGAGGGGAAGAAUCAAGCACAUACAUGAGAACAUGCCCAAGAACGCCAUUGAACCUUCCCCCAAGUUUGACUGUCAUUUGUCCAAAAUUGCCAAUAGAGUCACGUCUUUGCUGUCAUAUAGAGCUUUUGAGCUUACACAGCAAUUCUUUUUCGAGUUUGCAUUUGAUGAGAUCAAAGCACGACCCCGACACGUGUGCCCCUACGCUGUGGUUUCCUUUCAGUACAAAGGGAAGGAGGCGGCAGGAACUCCUUUAACAGCUCACAGGUUCAACACUAUCCCCUCUGAUGGAAGUAGAGGGAGGAGCUGCUACCAGGUUUGGAGUGGUCCACUAAUAAACAAGGGCCAGGAGCUGUUCCCAAUCAGUUUACGGUCCUUCUCGCGGCCCUACCUUCCUUUCAGACUGCCUGAGAAGUUGGAGAUGAAUCAGGGCAUGCAGUUGGAGCAGGUGAAGAGAAAGAUUCCCUCUGUGCUCUUUUCCUGGGACACCUAUAGUAUGUCACGGGAAGUAAUGAAGUGUGGGAUGUCCUGCAGCCUCGUUGAAGUGGUCGACGGGAAAGGCAAAGCUACUAACGGCAGCUUAACGGCACUGAUCAGCAAACUGGAAAGGGACCGAAUGGUGCUGGUGAAGCCAUUGUUUGACAGAGGCUUUCUCUUUCUGUUGUCUUCAACUCAGAUGGUUGAGUCAAAAGAGAGGCGUGGGCGGAUUGAGAAGAAGUUGCAAGCGCUGUUCAUCUUCCAGGAGUCCAGGAUGGUUGUGAAGUAUUCAUCAAGACUUUUCGAGCCGGAGCCGCUAACGGUGGAGCCUCAACCGGCCAUCCUGUCCUCCAUGGAGCCUUUCGUCCCUGCACUGCACUACUCUCUCUUCAAGUUGCGUCCCAACCCAGGCAAGGACAUAAGCGCCGGCGUGGAGCGCCAGGCCACGGAUUACCUGACUCGCAUGGAUGCGGGCACAGUGCGGCCAUUCAUGCUGCCUGACUACAAAUAUAACGUGGAUGAAAGGACAACUCCUCAUCCAGCGCCCAGACCAAAGUUUAACACGGACGCCGUGCUGCGAUCAUACACCCACAACCCGGCUAACUACAUUUUACCUUUAAAUAAGGCGAAGGACAUAAUGGAGCGGAUACGGAACCCCGUCCCCACCCCCCCGCUGCAGUCUGCCCCAGCUUUGGUGGAGUACAGCCCUGUUUCUGACUGGGGGGGCUCAGACAGAGGCUCGGAUAGAGCCGAGAGACCCGCAGAAAGGCUCCCACAGACAAGGCCGGCCCAGGAGAACCCGACCAUAGACAUAAGCAAGCGAAGGCCUGACUUGACUCAAUCAAACGGUGCCCAGUUGCAACCCAAGACUCUGGCGGAGCCCCAGCCUCAACCCCAGAAGGGUCGGGUGUCCCAGACCGAGUAUGAUAAAGACAAAAUGAAACAGCUGCUCAGACUCAUCCAACUACAUAAGAAAACCCUUGUGAAGGAUCCCGGAAAGGACAGGGGCGAGGACGGCGGCUGGGACGUCAACACUCUCAAAAGGAAGUUUGAAGAAGACGAGAGAGGAAGCAUUAACAAACACCAAUGCACCGAUCAUUUAAGCAACGGAGAACCCAGCAGAGCAGCCCAGGCUGACGACAUGGGUGAUGAGGGGGGCCAGAACGAGAACCUAACUGCAGUGAUGGAGAGCAUGGGCAUCUAUGACACUGACCUGAGGGCUCGGGGGAACCCCAACGCCUCCGCCGUCAACGAGACCCAGCGCCUUCUGAAAAUCCUGCUGGCCACACUCAACAAAGCCGUCACCCAGGGUGCGAUUCCCCUGCAGGCCAACCACGGCGAGCCUUCCAAAAGCGCAGGAAGAGUGGAACCGUCACUCGCCGACCAGGAGAAGCAAAACGAGCCUUUGUCACAAACCAACUACGUGGAGGAGGACAUGGACUGCAGCCCUGGCAGUCCGUGCAGCGUUGGCUCCCCGCCAAAACAAACGCACUGCUCUGACAUCCCAACUGGGGAGAUCCCCUCUAAUGAAGACAAAGAGCAGUAUUUUCCCGAGUCAAUACCUAAGGCUCCAAAAUCCCUGGAAACUGAGCCUAUGGCGGAAAGCGACCCAGAGCCGAAGGUGCCUACAGUGCCGGAAGUGAAGGCGGUUACCACUCCCACCAUGACUGUUGUUGAGGAGGUUCCUUUCAGGCCUUCCAUAAGCCUGGAUACCAUCAUAAACCAGGAACUUCACAGCCUCAGCUCGGAUAUCAAAAACAUCAUGCAGUCCCAACACAUCUGCUAUACCUCAAAGCUCCCCUCACGCUUCCCCCUACGCCACUGCUGGCAGCCCAACAGCGGCUUCUCCGACUUCGUGGUACCCUACGUCUCCCCCGCCUCGGUUCAGGGGCACGUUGAAGCACUGAGGGAGAAGAUGGACCAGCUGAUCCCAGCUCCAUCCUCUUCCACCAAGGUCACCUCCACAACUCCCCCAGAAGAAGCGUGCGGUCUGACAACCCCACCCCCAGCUCCAGCCCAGACUUUCAAACUUAAAACAGAACCAGCACUUCCAAAGGGCACUGCCUCCUCCCAGAGUGGAAAGACUACUCCCAACAAGGAACUGACAUCUAUCAAAGUGAAAAUAGAAAAUUCAUCAGAGUCAGGGGGAGAGGUCUAUUCUCCCUCAAAUGUUACAUCAGAAUCUCCCGAACAGAAUCCCGGCGGUGGUUCUAACCUCCUGGCUGGCGGCCUAAUCGGACAGCUGAAACCAGAGGUUUUCAGCAGCUUGGUGGAGAUCUUUAAAGAUGUUACCAAGAACACGGUUAAGUUUUACAUUUACUCCGGAGACGAGGGAGACGAGAGCACGGUGUGCAAGGAGAUCAAGGAGUACUUGAAAAGCCUCGGCAACCGUGAGUGCAGUCCACAGAUGUUUUUAGAAAACAGUGGCAGUUUGGAUAAACUCCUCAUCAUCAUUCGGAACGAGGACAUUGCUGCACACGUGCACAAGAUUCCUGCCCUGGUGUCUUUGAAGAAACUGCCCUCGGUGAGCUUCGCCGGGGUGGACUCUCUGGACGAUGUGAAGAAUCACACAUACAAUGAGCUGUUUGUGUCUGGAGGGUUCAUAGUGUCUGAUGAGUUUGUCCUCAAUCCAGAUCUCAUCACACAAGACCGGUUACAGGGUCUGCUGAAGUUCCUGGAGGAGCAGAGCACCCCUGAGCACCCGUGGCAGUGGAAGGUGCACUGCAAGUCCCAGAAGAAGCUGAAAGAACUGGGAAGGUUAAACACUAACGCUAUGGGGCUGUUGAACCUUUUGACGGCCUAUCAGAAGAAACAUCUGGUGGAGUUCCUCCCGUAUCACGAGUGUGAUGUUCCGUCCCGUCAGGCUCCAGACCUGGAAUGCCUCAUCAAACUUCAAGCCCAGCAUACUCAACAGCGACACCUCAUCUUUUUGACAGAGAGGCCAUUUGAAAUGUUCCUGCAGUUCUCUAGAAAUGGAAUAGUCAUAGCGAGCAUCGACGAUGUAAUGAGUGGUUUCCACGGCCUGAUCGGGUCCAUUAAUCAGAAUGAACUUCCGACCCCCCCGUCCACCGCAGUAAACGAUGAGUGUGUAGAAGCAGAGGACAUGUCCUUAGACUCUGAUGAUGGUGAAGCUCCGCCCACGUCAGAUCCUUCGCAGCAGAUUCCGGCGGUCAAGAAAGAAGAAAAGCCUCCUUUGCCUCCGACUCCAGAGAAGGAAGGUUUUCGUCCUCCACUACCAGACCAACAGGUCAACCCUGAGAAAACCCCCACCCUGCUGGACAGUAGUUCUCUUAAAACCGCCAUCUCUCAGUUUAAGGCCACCAACCAGUUGGGCUUGGCGUCUACAGACAUUGGCAGCAUGUCGCCGGGGGGGUUCCCCGUAAAUCCUCACCAGAGCUUCCUUUGCCCCUCUGCGCCGUGGUCCUCCUUCACCGGCUCCUCAAGCUUCUCGGCUUCUCCCGCCUACCCCAGCUCGCCCUGCAGCAGCACCCAGGAACAGGAGUACCGCCCCCUUACCACAUCUGCCGCUGUAGUCCCAACCCUGCCCGUUAUGGUCCCAGUCGGACCUUUAGCCAGCAUGGCUUCCCUCCCUUUGGAGGUCAAACCGCCCCCUCCGCCUCAUCUCAUGGUACUGGGUUCCACAUAUGGGUCAGAAGUCGGUGGGGCUGCUGGAGGUUCUCCACUCACAACCAGCCUGUCUUCCACUAGUGACACAGCACAUCCAGGGUUCAAGGCCGGCAAGCCUAUAAACCCAAGUGGGAAUCCCACACAGCAUGACAGGACACUCAGUGGGCCUGGGGAGGGUGCAUGGGGGAUAGGAGGAGCCACCACCUGUGAGGCUGCAAAGAGCCAGAGCGUGGUCACAUCUGGACCAAUGGAACCUGCUGGUCUUCCUAAACCCGGGGAAAGCCUUCAGGCGGCCAGAACUCAGGUGAACUGUGCCAACAACCUCUGUGCUUCUGUGGGCAUUCCCACAUUGGCCACCAGAGGGGGCACAGUACUCAGACCUAAGCUGCCUCCACAUCCAAUGGGUGGUGUGGGCUAUGGUGGCAUCCCAGGACCGAUGGAUCAUGGACCUGUGCGGGGCGCUCUCGGUCCCGGCUCUUUAGGAAACUUCAGAGGCCGAGGAGUACCUCCAGUCGGACAUUGGCCUCGACCAGGUCGAGGACAUGAACUUAGGGGAGGGGCUGGAGGUGGGCCCUGUUCAUGGGGUCACCCAGCUGGCAGGGGUGGACCUCAGAAUUACUACAUGGACUACACAUAUUCUCACAAUUAUGCCCCUGAAUAGACAAUCAGUGUCAUGAUGGUAGUGCAAACAUCAUAAACCAGAGAGACUAUAAGAGCUAACUGAAUGUACAUAUUUCCUUGUCAUAAACGCAUCCAUUUAAAUUGGUAAAUACGGUUCCUGGUUUUCUACAUUAAUAAAGGUUACUACAGACAGUGGCGAGUGUGCUACUGUUGUGUAAACUGUAUACACUCUUUCCAUGUCAGCUGUUUGAGACCCCAUGCAAACCACUAUAUUUAUAUUUGCCAACAAAUGUUAAAAAAAGGCCUUCCAGCUUCUCGAAAUAAAAACUUGUAAUUUC